UCUACUUGUCUAACAGGUUUUUUUUUCCUCGUCUGGGUCUAACAUAGCAUUUUUAUAACUUGUUUAUUGUUUUCGAAUUCAUUGAAUAAAAAUUCAGGCGAAUUGUGAAACUCAAAACUUAAGCGAAAUAUAAAUUCAUGCAUUUGUCUAACAAAAAGGAAUUCCAAUGAACAGUAAUAUGAGCUCGCAACAAAGCCCGGCUAACAUGCAGGCCGUGGUGGAUAGAGAAAAAAUAUAUACAUGGAUCCUGGAGCUGUGUAAUCCGGAAACAAGAGAGAAUGCUCUUUUGGAGCUAAGUAAGAAACGUGAAGUUGUACCAGACUUGGCGCCUAUGUUAUGGCACAGCUUCGGAACUAUAGCAGCGCUGUUGCAAGAGAUAACUAAUAUCUACGUGGCGAUGAUACCGCCAACACUUACAGCCCACCAGAGCAACAGGGUAUGCAACGCUUUAGCCUUAAUGCAGUGCGUAGCAUCCCACCCUGAAACUAGAUCAGCGUUCCUCCAAGCCCACGUGCCUUUGUUCCUCUACCCUUUUCUACACACUGUGUCGAAAACCCGCCCUUUCGAAUACCUCCGUCUAACCAGCCUUGGAGUGAUUGGUGCUCUAGUCAAGACCGAUGAGCAAGAGGUAAUAACUUUCCUCUUAACAACAGAGAUAAUACCACUAUGUUUACGCAUCAUGGAAAAUGGGUCUGAGCUAUCGAAGACAGUAGCAACAUUUAUAUUGCAGAAGAUAUUGUUAGAUGACAGUGGCUUGAGUUACAUUUGUCAGACGUAUGACAGAUUUUCGCAUGUGGCUAUGAUAUUGGGAAAGAUGGUGCUUUCCCUUGCCAAAGAUCCUUCAGCAAGAUUGUUGAAACAUGUUGUACGUUGCUACCUCCGCCUUUCUGAUAAUCCCAGGGCAAGAGAAGCAUUGCGACAGUGUCUUCCAGACCAGUUGAGGGAUGCUACUUUCACAACAUGCCUUCAAGAGGAUAACUCCACUAAACACUGGCUCGCUCAGUUAAUCAAGAACUUAGAGGCCCAACCUCCUUCUGCUAGCCCUGCUCAGCCAAAUAUGUGAGAAUCAAGAUUACACUCCUUAUCCCACUAUGGAGAUUUCAAACUGUAGUAUUAUUCAUCACUCAAUGAUGCAAUAAAGAUGCAAUUUGAGUUAGUAAAUAAACACAAAAUGUCUUUCAAAUUGAUAUCCUGUUGAAGGUAGGAUUUAUUACUAUACUUGUGAAUAGAGUUUAUUAACAUAAUGUGUAGAAAAGCUGUCAUAUAACAUUUUGUAUAUAAUUGGAAAGAUAUAAUAAUACCUACAGAAUAUGCAAGGUGAGAAUCAGGUCUUAGACUAGUAAUAAAAUGAUAUGAUUUUUUGUAUAGCUGUAGUUUAUGGGCUAUAUUAUUAUUAAAGAGAAUAAUUAAGUAAAAAUGAUGAUAUUUAUUUAAUUAUUAAUUUAUUAAGAUAUCAUUCAUUGCCUUCCCUUCAGCGUGACGUUAAUAAAUAAUUGUUAGAAAUUUCGAAAAAUCUAUUUUUUUUUAAAUUAUUCUGGUUUUUAAUUAAUUCUAGCCCUAUAAACUACCGCUAUACAAAACAGAUCAUUUUAUAACUACAGCCCAAACCCUUAUUCUUGUAAUUGGCUGAUACUUUUCUACUUAUGAGCUACUAGGUAACAAUGAUUGCAAUAAAAUUAAAAGUAACUGUGUAUAAUUUCAAACUUUUGAAAGUAGAAUAUCAUAGAUCAGCCCAUUACAACAAUGAAUGCAAACAAAUAAUUGUAAUAAUUGCAAUUAAUAUCACAUCUUUCAUGCAGGUGAUGAUAGUAUAUUGAAAAACUUAUAGUAAUUUGAUAUUUUGUAGUGGUGGGAUAGUAAACUAUGAAAUAUUUAAAACUCUGUCCUAAGUUCCAGCUGCUUUUAAUUUGUUUGAAAUAUAUGAAUCAUUCUUAAUAUAUUUCACAAUUAUUAUAAUUCUCAAAAUCAUUUUCUUAUAGGAAAUGUAUUAUUUUAUUGUAUACUUUUUAAUACACUAUUUUUACUAAUUAUUAUUUAAAGAUGCAUGGUCUAUUCACUAAUGUAAAUAGUGUUGGUACGCCCCAGGCACACUUAUUUUGUUAUUUAAAUAAAUAUUUUUCUAAUUUU